AAUCGUCUUCUUUCUUCACAUCUCUGCAAUUACCGCGACACACAGCUUGCUUAUACCAAAAAUAAAUAUAAUCGAAUCAAAUAAUAAAUUAUAAUCACACUCUCUAUUUACUCUAAUUUUGGUCGCAGCUGCUUCUCCGUGUGUUCUAGGUUGAUUAUAAUGCCAGCUGUGAUUGAAAUUUAACAAUUGGAGUGAAGUAAGAAGUGCAAGAGGAGAAGAAGUGGAUUAAGUGAUAAUCAAAAAUGGACUAUACUCGAUCACCUCCCGGAAAUGGUGAUGAUGCUUCUGGGAUUGCGGAUGAUUUGAGGUGUAAGAGGUCAGAUGGGAAGCAAUGGAGAUGCACUGCCUUGUCCAUGCCGGAUAAGACAGUUUGUGAAAAGCACUACAUUCAAGCGAAGAAGAGGGCUGCAAAUUCUGCAAUGAGGGCCAGCUUGAAAAAAGCCAAAAGAAAUUCUCUAGGUGAAAGCGAUAUCUAUUUGGAGAGUAAGAGUGAUGACAUGGAAUCACCAAUUGUGAGUUCAAAACUUGGAGAUUAUUCUGGUACAGUCUCUGGGAGGAAGUACAAUGAAAAGUAUGAGGAGAAUUUUAGGUCAUACGGUACACCUCUUUCAGCCAUGGAGUCAUCUAGAAGUAGAUCAGAAAAGAACUUUGAAGACAGUCCUACAUUGGAGUCCUUUGAUGCAAGCUCAGAUACAUCCGAUGAUACUGCGGGACAAACUUGCCAUCAGUGUCGGCAAAAUGACAGAGAAGUUAUCUGGUGCCUCAGAUGUGACAGAAGAGGAUACUGUGACAGUUGCAUCUCAACUUGGUAUUCAAACUUUACUGUUGAAGAUAUUCAGAGUGGUUGUCCUGCAUGUCGUGGCACUUGUAACUGUAAGGCAUGCUUAAGAAAUGAUAAUUUAAUCAAGGUCAAGAUUCGUGAGAUACCUAUCAAAGAGAAGUUAGAAUAUCUCUAUUGUCUCUUAUCUUCGGUUCUUCCUGUAGCUAAGAGGAUACACCGUGAACAGUGUUCCGAAGUGGAAUUUGAAAAAAAGCUUCGAGGAAAUGAGAUAGAUCUUCCCAGAAUGAAACUAAAUGCAGAUGAGCAAAUGUGCUGCGAUCUUUGUAGAAAUCCUAUUAUUGAUUAUCAUCGGCACUGCAUGAAUUGUUCAUAUGAUGUAUGCCUUAGCUGUUGCCAAGAUCUUCGAGAUUUAUCCAUGGUUGAUACAAAAGUAAAGGUGGAAAUUGAGUUAACAGGGGAAAACAGUGAUAAGGAAGCCAUAGCCAUGUCUGAGCAAGUUAAACCUUCCAGGAAUAGACUGGUUGAUAAGUUUUCUGAUUGGAGAGCUAACAGAGAUGGCAGUGUACCAUGCCCUCCAAAGGAGUAUGGAGGCUGUGGUUGCGCAGCCUUGACCCUAAAACGCAUAUUUAAGAUGAAUUGGGUUGCAAAAUUGGUGAAGAAUGUCGAGGAAAUGGUUAAUGGAUGCAAGAUACACGACACCUUAAGUCGGCAAGAAGCUGAACAUAACACCAGACUUUUCCAGUUUGCCCACAGAGACGACGAGAAUGAUAAUUAUUUGUACUGUCCAUCUUCUAAAGAUGUUAGAGCAGAAGGGAUUGGGGACUUUAGGAAACAUUGGGUCAGAGGUGAACCUGUAAUUAUAAAGGAGGUGAUAGAUAUCUCGUCAACCCCGAAUUGGGAUCCGAUGGUUAUAUGGAGAGGAAUUCGAGAGACAGGAGAAGAAAAAACGAGAAAUGACACUAGAAAUGUGAAGGCUUUAGAUUGUUUGGAGUGGUCUGAGGUUGAUAUUGAACUUGGUGAGUUUAUCAAAGGAUACCAUGAUGGUCGUUUUCAUGAAAAUGGCUGGCCGCAAAUGUUAAAGUUAAAAAAUUGGCCCUCUCCAAGUUCUUUGGAAGAGUUUUUGAUGUACCAGAGACCUGAAAUUAUCAGCAUUCUGCCUUUGCUAGAGUAUAUUCAUUCAAAGUGGGGUCUUCUAAAUGUUGCUGCAAAACUGCCACAUUAUUCGUUGCAAAAUGAUGUAGGACCUAAAAUUUUCAUAUCAUACGGUACAUAUGAGGAACUUGAUCGGGGUAACUCAGUGAACAAUCUCCGUUACAAUCUGCGGGAUAUGGUAUACCUCCUGGUACAUACUUGUGAAGUGAAGCUGAAAGGGUCGGAAAAGACGGCUAUUGAGCCUAUUCAAAACGACUUUGAGGAACAUGAUGCAAAUAAGUUGAACAAUGAUCCACCACUUAGUUUAAGCAAAGAAGAUUCACCCAAACUAUCACCCGGGGAACAUGAAAACCAAGCAAAGCAGGAGGGCAGUUUGGAUUUAGCCAAGGAAGAAGGUACGGAUAGUGUUGCUACUUCUAUGGCUGAAAAGGAAAUUGUUAAUUGUGAAGACUUGAAUGGAGAUGCUAAGAACUCUUGUAAAAAGAGUUGCCCAGGAGCUAUUUGGGAUGUCUUCAGGCGACGAGAUGUUUCAAAGCUGCUUGAGUUUAUUAAAGUCCAUUGGAAGGAAUUUGGAAGACCAGAUGAGUUGACAAAUGAUUCUGUUCCCCGGCCACUUUACGAUGGAGUGAUAUACUUGAAUAGUUAUCAUAAAAGAAAGUUGAAGGAAGAACUAGGAGUAGAGCCAUGGUCAUUCGAGCAGCAUCUGGGGCAAGCUGUAUUCCUCCCUGCUGGUUGUCCUUUUCAAGUGCGAAAUCUUCAGUCUACCGUUCAAUUAGGCCUAGAUUUUCUGUGGCCUGAAAGUCUUCAGGAGGCAACUAGACUGGCUGAAGACAUCCGUGGUCUUCCUAAUAAUCACAAUGUCAAGCAGCAUAUAUUGGAGGUGGGUAAGAUCUCACUAUAUGCAGCUAGUUCAGCCAUUAAGGAAGUACAAAAGUUGGUUCUUGAUCCAAAGGUUGGUGCAGAGAUUGGAUUUGAGGAUCCUAACCUAACUGCACUGGUUUCAGAAAAUCUGGAUAAAGUUACUAAACGCAGACAAGUAGCUUGAGUUUGACCAUGAAAGAUACUUUAUGUAUUUUAGAAAUUCUUUCAAACCAUGGUUCUCAGAAAAUGUUUGCAAAGUUGCAUUAAAAUCGAACAAAGCCAUUUCUUCUCAGCUCUGCUCUGGAACUGCUUGAACGUCACCACUUGCACCAAACGUGGGCAGAAGAGUGACAUCCAUCCCCAUCAAGCAAUGAGCAACUGUGAAUACGUCUAUAUGUAUAUCUUUACUUAAAAACUGUAUGUGUUCUGUACUGCCAUCUUCUCCUGGCCCAGCGGUGGUUGUAUACUAGUUUAAUACAGGCCAAUACUGACUUUGCCCAGUGAAUUAAAAAAACAUGAAAAGAUUAUUUGUGCAGUACUUGGGCAACAAUAUGUGUUUGAUGGAACAAUGCUCAGGAGGCUAUGAAUCUCAAAUCUGUUAUUUUUGUUUGGUUGAGUUGAAUUUGGUUGGGGUGAAAGAAUUUGAAGGGAAUUGAAUGAAAUUUGAACAAUAACAUUAUUUAUAA